UGUGUGUAUAGAUGAAUGGGGCAGGGCUCACAUGAGUUUAGUUUAUGAUAAUGUAAGAAAGGUAUUCAACAGUAAGGAGGAGGAAUGGCUCACGGUGGGAGAGUAAGGAGGAAAAUCAGUCCAGAAAGAGUGAGGAAGAUGAGACGGGGCGAGAGGGAGUGGCAAAACACUCCUAAUCCGGAAUGAUCCAGUGAGUCAAUCUUAGUCCAGAUUAUUCUACCAGUGCCUCAGUGUCUGUGGGACGGACGGGACACAGAGGCAGAGAAGUCUGAACAAGCUGCUGGAUCACUUACUCUCAUACACAGAAUUACUUUUCUUUUUCUGCUUCCAUUGGAUUAUCAUCAUCAUCAUCAUCAUCAUCAUAACCAGAGGGACAACAGCUGAGACGCAUGGCGCUCCUGAGGUCAGGCUGGCUGUGGAGACAGACUUCUUACCUAAAACGGUGGAAGUUAAACUGGUGUGACCUCUGGAUAGAUGGGAGUCUUUGCUUCUACAAGACUGACAGCAGGCGCGAGUUGGAGCACCGCGUCAGCCUCAAGACAUCAUGUGUAGAUGUGAGAUCUGGCCUGGAAUGUGGAGGUGUGACUCCACCAGAGAGUAAUCCCAGGGAGAAUCUCAUUGUGGUUCAGCUCGCAAACGGCUCAACAGUCAAUCUGUGUGCUAACAGCGAGGACGAAUCCAUAGCGUGGAAACUGACUCUGCUGGACACCAGGAGAAACCCGGUGUUCACAUACGACCCAUACGAUGACUCCUACCAGGCUGUGCCCAUCAACAGCUACCAGACUGUCUACAUCACACCGGGAGCAGGACCAGGAACCCACCAGGUGAUCGUGCAGAGGGACCCGUUUGAUGGAAUUUUAGAGAACAUAGCCCUGGGAUUACUGGCAGGCAUGGCAGCAGGGACGGCCAUGCGAUCCUUCCUCUGGAUGCCCUUCUUCUUCUGCUGAGAUCAUUAUCAUUACCAACAUGAUGACGCUGCACGCCGCCCAUGUGGGAGCCUGACAUCAGCAUGUGUAGAAACGCCUCAUCUUUUGUAUCGUCUCUUUUCAGAUCAUGUCUGCUGUAACAAACAGCUGCUCCUCUGGUUGUUCCAUUUACUUCAUGUGCACUUUUGCAUAUAAGAAGCUGAGAAGGACGCUAUGUAAUUAUACAUUCCCUGUGCUUGUGUGUACAGCACACUGAAUCUAUGCAUGUGCAUCUGCAAACAUCUGGAAGGUAAUUUUGUAUCUGAAUGUUCUUCAAUCUGCUGCCUGAAUUUUACACUUCAUAGCUUGAUCAAAGUGUAGUUUAUAAAGUAUGUAGCCUAUAAAAGGAAAUAAACUGAUGUAUUUAAAUCACAAACAAAGCUGUAUUAUCAAUUUUUGAGCAAUAUUAUUUUAGUUUAACAAAAUCAUCCCAACUAAGGGUCGACCGACAAGCUUUUCCCCGAGCUUUCAACCAUAUUACAAGGUCUUCAUCGAUGGAUGGAGCUGCCUCAGUUGUCACGGAGAUAGAUCUGUUGAAACACAAACUGUUCGGACUUCAUCCAAAGCAUUUCUUUAAGGACUUCUAGCCUGAAUUGUGUUGACUUAAAAGUUAAAGAUCCAAAAGAGGCGACCUCUGUUGAUGAAGACUGUGUGAUAUGGUUGAAAGCUCAGGAAAAAGGUAUCAUUCGUCCAAUUCAAGAAUGAACUUCAAUGGUUAUGUCUUAAACCAACACAGAUGGGAAGUCGCAAAAAUGCUUUGGAUGAAAACAGCUUCUGAACAUGCUCCAUGUGCUAAGGAAGACCAUGAAACUGUGUUUAAAAGCUCUACAGAAAGCUAGUAAGUAGACCUUGAGUGAAGAUUUAUAUGCCUCUGUGCCAGAGACAGCCGUGGCCGAAGACAUUAUGUUUUUGGGUUGUCCACCCGUCACGUUCUUGUUAACAGGAUAUCUCUAGAAUGCCAUAAGGGAAUUUUUUUGAAGCUGGCACAAACACUUGCAGGGAUCCCACGGUCAUGGAAAACUUGGAAGGGUCAUGGAAUUUCCUCAUCACUUUUUUCCGGUCUGGAAAAGUCAUGGAAUUAGAAAAAUCAUUGAAAGUUUUGUAAAAGCCAUGGAAUUUUCAUGUGUGAUGAAAUUCUUACAGUAAUCAUCGAUGGAUAACCUUCCACAUAAUGUAACAUAAUGUACUUUACAGACCUCUAAGCCGACUCAGAGUGGUGACUCAGCAUUUUUUGCGCAUAUGUGAACACUCCAAGAGAACUCAGACCCCUCUGAAGCGAACCGAACUCAGACCCUUGGGAGGUGGUCUGAGUAUGGUUCACUUCAAGUCCUUAGUUCCGUUCGCUUAACCUGUGCCCUGUGAACACAAAGCGCUCCAGGUUCACUUUGCAAUUUCCAAUUGUAUUCAGCCAUCUAGAUCAAAUGCUGUUGCACCGGGACGCAUGAAAAAACAGAAAAGACCACGUCAGCCUGUAAUGCUUGCAAGGACGCAGGAUGGCCCUAAAUACGCGUUACUUUAAGCCUUCAUGAAAUGUAAACAGGUGAGUUAUAAAAAAAUACACUGCCUGUACAGUCGUCAUGAAUGUUGAAAUUUGCUACAGAGACCAAAAUCAUUUUUUGUACCAGGCUGUAAACAUGUUUAUUUCUGUUGUAAAGUUGGGCAUUUUAACACGGGGGUCUAUGGGGAUUGACUCUCUUUUGGAGCCAGCCUCAAGUGGCCAUUUGAGGGACUGCAGUCUGUGGCACUUCAGCAUUGGCUUCAAUUUUCAGCCUCGGAGGUUGCUGCUUGAGUAAGUCACAAGCAGCAACCUCCGAGGCUGAAAAUUGAAGCCAAUUUUCAAUUUUCAAUAAGUCACAAUUUUAUAUUCAUUAUUGAUUAUAUCCAAAAAGUUAUUUUUACUCUGUUUGUACGAACGCAUUGAUAACAGUACUAAGAGGAAAGGGUUUUUUUUUCAUUCUAAUCACAAUGCAAUCACCUCAACAGACAGACAGAAGAACCUGAAAAUUUAUUCCAACAUGUUGACAAUUCUGAGAAUUCUUGAAAAAUACCAGAAUUUUCUGUUGAAGCAGUUGUUGCUUUGCCACAUUUUCAGAUUCAGUCUGAACUUACUAAGAUGAACUACUUGUUCAAUCUAAAAAAAAAAAAAUUCUAUCUCUGCGAUGCCAGUCCCAUAUCCUAAUCCUGAAGUCAAACUCCCAUUCACAGCUGGUGUCGUUCUCUGGUAGCGUAGCAGCUCCCAUAGCUCCAGCCUUUCCAGUCUCUGAGCUCUGUUGUUUCUUGAUUUGCUGAAAGCAAAAAUUCUCCAGUGGCGUAUUAAGAAAUGUAGCAAUCCCAAA